CAUGCGCGUAUUGGUAUUUUUACUAAUGGGGGCGGCUGUUGUCGCUGAAUCCCGAUCCUCAAACCGAAUUGUCGGUGGUAACAUUACCACCAUUGAAUCAUACCCAUUCAUGAGUAACAUGCAAACAUUGAGUUGGGGCGGUUGGUGGUAUCAGGCGUGUGGAGGGUCACUUAUCACAUCCAAAGUUGUGUUAUCGGCUGCGCAUUGCUAUAACGGUGCCCUACCAUCGUCUUGGAGAGUCGUGCUCGGUUCAACAAUGUCUUCAAGCGGUGGAUACACAUUCAAAGUGUCUCAGUUAAAAUUGCAUGAAAAUUAUAUUGCGGCAUUACAACUCAAUGACAUAGCUAUUGUGAAACUACAAGUCAGCGCUAUAAUGUCUAGUCGAGUAGGCCGAGCUCGUAUUGCAGGACCCAGUUAUAAUCUUCCCGCUGGAACAACGGUCAAUGCGGUUGGUUGGGGUACAACGUCGUCUGGGGGUAGACCAUCGGAGCAGCUGCGGGAUGUUGAUCUAAAAGUUAUCAAUCAAAAUAUUUGCGCUGAAAGGUAUGCCGCUCUCAAGAAACAGCCUGGUUUCGAAGACUGGCCUGAUAUCACUGGAACGAUGUUAUGUGCCGGUGUUCUUGAUGAAGGUGGCAAAGAUACAUGCCAGGGUGACUCAGGAGGACCGUUAUUACACAAAAAAGAUAUACUUGUCGGGAUAACGUCUUGGGGAUACACGUGCGCUCACCCACGCUUUCCAGGCGUCAAUACUCGAGUCUCUAGUUACACAAACUGGAUACGCGCCAACGUAUAGUACUGCAAGGAUUGGCACGUUACUUAGAAUUUGAUGGUGGAAGAGUUCAAAGAAGUCAGCAGCAAAAUUUCUACGAAUUCUGCGCAUCUCACAAUUCUUGUUAACUUACGUGCAAAGCUUGAGGUUUUUUUAUGUUGUAUCAAAUAAAUCAUAGCGAAGUUUUUGGCAUAUGAAAAAAAUCUAAUAUUUUUAAUAAAAUAAAUAAAUUCUACUACUGUCU